AUGUCUUCGCCAGAAGAUAAGGAGAGAACUGCCAGGCCAGUUAGCGUCUCCAACUUUGCCGAUUUUUUCAACAAAUUGUUAACAGGAAGUGAAGAAAAUAAAUGUCAAGCAACCACAACAGACAAGCAAACAACUUUAGAGGUAAAGCUAUUAAUUUGUUGUGAAUUUGGAACUUUUAUAGGCUUACAAACUUUUCAUUUGGCGCUUAUUAAUAUGUUUCAUGGCGGGCUUUGUGCAAUAAAAUAUACCCUGUAUAUAUAUAUAUAUAUAUAUAUAUAUAUAUAUAUAUAUAUAUAUAUAUAUAUAUAUAUAUAUAUAUAUAUAUAUAUAUAUAUAUAUAUAUAGCCUAUUUAUUGCUUUUAUUUGUAACUUUAUUCCCACUGUGUUUGUUUUAGUUCUCUUAGCUUCCUUUAUAUUUUUUGUUUUAUAUUAUAUUCUGUAAUGUGAUUUACAUAUUUUGUUUACACUUUGUUAUGAUUAAAUCAAUCUAAUUGGUUUAUUUUUUCUCAAGUGUUGCUUUCAUAUAUACUUUUAGUAUAAAAGCCCGUGCUAUCCUUUCUACUAACUCUUGACGAAGGGCCCUCGCUCGUAACGUCGAGUUUCUGCUUGUUUAUUUCAGGUAGUAAUAUAAUUACUCAGCACAGCCUUCCCAUUCCUUUCAAUCAAAAUAUUUCAAGAAUCAAACAGUAUAUGAAAAAUCUGUAAUACGAUCUUAUAGAUAAUUUAAACGUUCUUUGCAAGGAGACAAUAUAAUUGUUUGGUGCCAUUGUCGUUUAAAUACGAAAAAAGAGGGAAACGUUUUGUAAAAGAGCUGGCAUUUAACGAUAGGCUUACUAUUUAAGAAAUAGAAAACAUUUUUCGUGAUUCUAUAGAGUUAUAGAAACACGCGUGGACGUUUGGGAGAAACGAGAAAUUGCGUGGCAAAACGAGCACAAAGUGCGAGCGUUUCCACGCAAUUUCGAGUUUCUCCCAAACUUCCACAAGUGUCUCUAUAAACUUUAUAGGAACACGGAAAAAUGUUUUCUAUUUCCUUUAUUAAAUAUAGCUUAUGAAACACAAUAAAAAAUAUAAAGUUACUGAUUUUAAUUACAUUCAUGCAUUCAAAUAUUAAUUAUAUCUUAAUAUACGUUCGUGUAAAGAAUAAAAAGCAUAGCCAAGUAAACAAAUAUAUCGCUGUCAAAACAAAAGACAGCACUUAACAGGCUUACUUUACUAAAGUAUAAAAUUCACUCAACAACGUACAUGCUUGCAAGAAAGCACUGUUCUAAAUAGUUAGUAUACGUUUAAACAUGAUUAAAAACGAUUAAAAACGAUAGUAAACAUGAUUAAAAACGUCGCCAGGAAAUAUUUUUUUUAAAAAACAAAGUAAAUUAAAAUAUCUUACCUUGGCAUACAGUCAAACAGAUACAACGUAUGCUAGCUGAAUUAUACUUUGUGCUUUAGGUCUUUCCUUUCUAAGUUAGCAAAGCGUUGCUUUUUUUUGUGGCGGUUCGUCAGCGUUUUCGGACUUUUCCAAACUUUUUUUUAAUUUUAAAUGUUGUUUGUAUUUUGUUUAAACUCCUGAGCAAUCCACGCAACACGCGUGAAAAUUCCUCGUGUUUCUAUCAAGUUAUAGAAACACGUGCUUUUUUUAGCUUUUGGCCAAUCAGCGCCCGUGUUUUUAAAAUGCUAUUUUAUAAUAUGUAGUAUUACCGAGUAAAUUCAUUGAGAAAUUCUGAAAAAUAAAGUACAGGACAAAACAAUACCACUGGUUUUUCACGCAUCCCUGACAUUACAAAUAAUUGACAAUGAUAUUUUCAGCAAAGGAAUACUCGAAACACUGAGUUGAAAGCUUAAUAAAGGUUUCAUGUCAUGAUCAUGAGUGCAACACCUCAAAAAAUAGGUACGCUGUAGCGUACAUGGCGUCUACUGGAUCAAAAACAAAGAAUGCUUAGUGUGAAUAAAAUACACGGAAUGACCAAUUUUAUUAGAAUAGAAGAUAAACUAUAACAUAUCACACAAAUAUACACUUUAAUUUAUAGUAUAGCUUCCAUAGCAAAUCUGGUGAGCCAAUCAGACCUUAAAUGCUAGUGUAUCAAUUUUACCAUUUCCAAGAUAUUCAUCUUUCGCAAUAUAGUUUGCAGUCAAAUACGUUUAUUGACAGUAGGCGAUAUCUCUUCUCGUAGAUUUCUUCUCGUUUUUGUGUUCCGAUGACACGAUGGCUGGACGUAAUGAAGUUUUGGAUUCAAUUUGAAAACAACGUUAUACACUUGUGAAGAGUAUCUUUCCAAGAUAAACACUAGACAUUCCAUGUUGAUACUUCCAAUUUAACAUUGUUUUCUAAACGUAUAUCAGAUGCUUUUAUGAAUAAUACUUUUUUGAAUAUUUUUUUCAAGUGACAGAGACCAUGGAAAAGUUGCGUUAUGUCAACCUUGAUACAUUAAUUUUUAGUUUGUUGCACAUGUCCGUACCACAGAGUCAAUCGACGGUCCAUUUUAAUGGUCAAAUCUGAUACAGAUUCAACUACAAAAAUGUGUUAAAUUCCUUAUUUCCCCAGGAAUGCUACGCAGUAAAGUGCACAACAGUGAACACAAAAAACUUUCACAAGUAAAUAAUAUAUCAGAAAUUAAUUCAUAAAAAUGUAUUUGAUGUUUUAAAAUAUAUUAUAGAAACUUAGCUUUAUAAAAAAACAAAAAAGCUAUUCCUGGCACAGUAGCACACAUCUGUACCACACGUAUAACAACAGUAUAGUCAAAGGAAUGAAAAUUUUCACUUGUUGUUUUAGGGUAUAAAAUAUAAAUUCAUGAAAUACAAUAUAAAAUCAUCUCAUUCCCUGUUCAUCGAAAGCACUGUCAACGGACACAACCGUAGGCUACAUGUACCUAGCGUCUUUGAACUUCGAAGAUCAAGGUUUAUAUUAAUACCAAACAUAAAAUCGGGAAAAACAAUACUAAUAAUUUUAAUGUAUAAAACUAAAGCAAACAAAGUCAAAGGAAUGAAAGGAUGAAAAAGAUAGAAAAUUCGAGAGUUUUUUAAGGUGCGAGGAAGAGUCAUUCAUGUAAAAAAAUAGCGAGGAAGAGUCAUUCAUGUCAACCACAAUGCAUUAUGUUGUGCUUCCGAACAUGCUUGGCGGCCAUUUUAAUGGCGGAAUAAAUCUUAUCCCAGAGCCAUUGUUGAGUGGCUCUGCAUGGGUACAAGAUUGUGGUGGAAUAACAUAAUAUAUCACUACCGCAGGAGGCAAAUUUGUAUUGGGGGGGGGGGGGCUCUUAUUAGUCAGGGGUGAUUAUUAGGACAAUUUUCCACUCUCAAGCUUUACAGAUUAUCGCUUUUAUCUUUACAUUUUAUGAUCUCAAUUUAUAUCAAAUGUGGAGUCGAACAAGUUCAAACGUAUAAAAUAUUAAUAACCGCAUUGCAUGUGAUCGAAGCUUUAUAAAUAAAAUAUAUUCUCACCGACUUAAUACACUCUGACGCUGAAUACGCGCUAAGCAAAAUACCGAAUAGUCAUUGUCAGUGAAUGACUCAGAAUGAGUGAAAUACAAUAUAUUAAAAGUACGUUAUUAUUUCUCUCGGCAUCUCACCAAUUGAAUACACGAAACUGUAUAUAUUCUCAAAAAAACUUGCUAUAUACUCCAAAAACUCAAAACAGCUUACCUUAAUACUGGACAAACUUUCUUCAAAGCUCGAAAUCAAACCAUUUUAAUAUCGUAAACAGUUCCAAAACUUUCGUAGAUGCAACCCACUCUAAACCUGUUGCCGACAGCAUAAUAUGGCAACUACUGUUCCAGUAGACGCCAAAAACGAGUAAGGCACUUGAAAAUGUGACUUAAAACAAAUAUCUUGCUCUAGGCUACAAUUAAUGUGCCUCAAAAACACUACCAGUUCAGUUUCUUAUUUUAGUCAUUUUUAGUUGCAGGAAGAAGUAAUCGGCUUGACAUUUGAAAAGCAGGUUGGCAGAACACAAGAUUUUAAAAUCUAUUAUGGGAGAAACAGUCGUGGUGUAAGUUCUAAAACGUAUCCGAAAAUCAUGCGCGCGUGAGGGUUGUUGUUCAUACCCACUUGUCAGGGAACAGGACAACUUGGAUAAAACAUGAACGGGUUUCUCCAAGACGAUUAAGGGAAAAAGGAGUUCUGUCGAGAGCAAUUUGAUAUCUUUGAAAAACUCACGACAAUAGAAACUGUCCUAUUAAUUACUAUUUAUAGUAAUACUGCACAAGAAACGUGGCCCACAUUACAAGCGUGGCGCAUCUGAAUAUUGCAAAGAUUACAAUACUUGCGGGGAUCCUGUAACCCUGCCAUGCAGUAUUGAUAUCUUUUUAAUUGUUAAGCAAAACUAAAAGAACAUGGUCAAAAUGCCACAAGUAAUGUUCUGCAUAUAAUUAUGUUUAGAAUUAUGUAUACAAUCAUGUGCAAAGUGCAGGGACAUGCCGAGCGAUAUUUGGUUGGGCGGUGAAUUAGAAAAAAUAGGGCCACCUUUUCGGUUGACCUUUUAAAAAACAAUUUUCCCGAAAGCAAAAAUUUUUCAAAAAUUGUUAGCGACGGGUCGGAGGGGAAGGGAUGUAUAUAUAUUUUUUUCGAAAAUAAAACCUCUAAAAAAAUUUCCAAAAAUUAUUUUGCGGUAAUGGGGAGUUAAAAUUACUUUUUCACACCUUUUUCCAACUCAACUUUUCUGAGUAUUCCUUAAUAUUUAACACAAUCCGCAAUUCCAGCAUUCCAGUCCCUCUCUGAAACAUGCUCAUAUACAUGUAGCGCCUAUACGUACAAGCAAAUGCAUUUUCUUCACAGAAGACAGGUUUGUUCAUUCGAGAUGUUCAGCCACAGAGUGCUCUUGCUGGUGCAAUGAAGCCCGAAGAUCAACUUUUAAAGGUACUGUAUGUCGUAGUUUCUUUGUAAAUUACUACAUUGUUUUGAGGGGUUUUACAAUUUUUACAUGGUUUUGAACCUGAUUAGUGAUUACGUGUAACCAAAAGGGAAGCCAGACUAGAAAAAAAUAAUCAGUGUCAAUGCGCUAUCAUUCAUCAAGAAGUAUCUAUACACCUAUUUGUCAAGAGCUAGAUAUGGAACACUAACACUAAUAUAAUAGUCAUGCUGACUCACGCACAUUGUCUCAGUCACUAAAUGUUGUUAUGGUGACGGUCACAAUAUUUUUUAAUCCGCAGCAACUGAGAGACAGUAUCCCUCUGACAGCAAGGAGCAACUGUUCAUGCAUAAAAUACAUAAUGUUAUACAUACAGCGCGUUUCAAAAAUCUCGCAGAAGCAACGAUGAAAACCAAAACUCCUUGCCGAAGUACGUGACCAGACUUAAGAGUCUGGUCACGUACCUGCCAGGUUUUGAGACCGACAAAUAUAUCCGCUUGGAGAAGUAGUCUAAUAGUCAGAAUAUAAACUUUGAACAGACUGAUCAAAAUACAUACGCGAUGUUUGAAUUGAGUCGCCAAAUGUUAAACGUAUUGAGUUCUUGCUUUGUUUGCACAUUGCCUUGUUUACAUUUUGUUUACACUUUGCUUUGUUUGUACGGGAAAAAAUGUGAGCUCCAUACAAUGAAAUUUGCAAUUGCACCACUAAAUCCGUAGUAUAUCCAUACUAUUUCGAUACUAUUUACAUAGUAUGAAAAUACACAAUUAUGGAUAAUUAAAAUCCAUUCUAUUUCCAAUAAAGGUUCGUUCAAUUUCCAUUCUAUAACCGAUCAAAUUUUUCCAGUGUUGUGAAUGAUACAGUGUAUACUACAGUAUCACUCGGAAGUACGAACCCUACUCUACCCUCCCUAUAGUUAUGAAUAUCCACGUGGCUCUCAAAAUCUGGGAGCCGCCUCACCAGCAUUCACCAGGGUCUCUUCCUCCACAUACAAAGUUUUAUACUGUAGAUCGAAGCUCGUCACAUAUUGACGCUCUUCACGUAAUCAAAAUUUAAAAUAUUUGAGUUUCACAUUGCCAGAUAAAUGAGGAAGAUAUAAAAAAUUCAGAAUCCGGUUAUGUUAACCACAUCCUGGAUAAUUCAUCUGGAACUAUAAGACUAGAAGUCUUAAGGUAAAACUUUACUGACUGUGAAAUACGAGUAACACCUUUUUUCUUCAUUUAUGCUCAUGCAUGACGUUGUAGAUGUAUGGCAGACAAACUCUCAUUAAUUAUUCAGUCUGUUAAGUAUAAGUAAACUUUCAUGAAUUGAGGGAAAUGACUUUGUCAGACGAAAACAAUAUUUUCAAUAGAGAAGUAUUGUGUCCCAACGCGCCAAAACUCAACUGUUUUUCAUCACAAAUUUGUUUUUACACCACGAUAUUUUGUACACGCCAUGUACAGUAAUAUUGAACACACCUUUUCUUUGCAACAUUUUUUAUUUUCAACUUUUUUAUCCAACCAAAAUCCACUCUCGUAUUAUAUCGCGGGCUCGUUCUUUUCUCGCAAAAAAGUCGUAAUAAUGUGACAAAACUAUCGUCGAUUCAAGUUUUGUUGUUAUUUUAGCGCAGUUUUUAAUAUUGUUCGAGUAUUUUUCGAUAUAGUUUUAAGGUCUAGAUGAUGUUUUAAUUUGUCUGAUUUGCCAACCUAGGAAAUAAAUAUAUCUCGUUAGUGGGAAUUUUUGAGUUCAUGGGCGAGAAGUCUGUUAUGUGUUUUAUUAAUCGUCCAAAUAUCAGAAAAUUUUCUUAAUUUUAAGUCCUUUAAAUAGCUGCUGGAACUUUCAUUUUUUAGCUUCAAAUGCCUUUCACGCAUGACUAAUUCGUGCAUUUACCUAAUUUGCAUAUUGGUAUUGUAAAAUGUAAAAUAAUUAAUAAAACAUGUAUAGUCUAUGACUUCUAUAUGAGUUUGUAUGCGUUUCAUUUAGCACAGGUAAUCUCAACUGUUUUAGGGUAAAAAGACCAUGGUGGUCAACAUGGCAAAUGUGCCAAAACCUGAAUCUGGGAUGAAAGUCCUGAAAAUGACCCCGCCAUAGAACGGAAGUGUCGACAUAGCUCUAACUUCCGAAAAGGAAAAGCUGUAGCCUUUCUGAAGUGCUUAUAGUGUUUAGAAGGGAUGGUUUUAAGGGUGGUCAUUGCAAGGAAAAAUUUGUCUAAGUAUAGUGUUUUACAAGAAAAUGACCAUGCACAACACCAGGUAAAUUGCUAAUUAUGCAUAAAAUAACUAAUAUGCCUGGCAGAAAUUAAAUUUUCUUAUUUCCUGAAAAAAAUUAUCAUGGCGUGAAAAACUAUGCUUAAUUUAAUUAAAUAAUUAUUGUUGAUUUCAUAAGGAUUGUCAUUGUUUACUUCAAAUAUAAUACAUUUCAUUUCACUUACCCCCCACCAAAACACGAUUUCAGCCAUAUUUUACCGUCUUGUUUGCUUUUUAUCUCCGAAUCUGGUAAUCCAGUUGAUGUACUUUUACUUAAUCAUAAAUGGCUGAAGAUCAGAUUUCAGAGAAGAUUUUAUCAAGAUUUGAAACAGUGCAGUGUAUUUUAUCUUCGAUAUUGUGUCCUUCGAUAUUUCGUAAAAUAUUGCGCCAUUGCAAUGGCUCGCCGCUACUCUGCCCGAUAAAUGCCACUUUUUCGUUUUCCUAUGUAUUUAGAUUACAGUAUAAUUGGAAAUUAUUGUAGAAUAGUCACAAUCAAAAAAUUGAAAACACUAGUUGCACUUGAAAGGAGUAAACCUCCCAUAACACUUGUUGAGUAACAAUUAAUCCAAAAGAAGUCAUUUAAAAGUCACGCGCAAGUUCGCGAAAACUCCUCGUGGGCUACACAGCAGGGGGUGAAUGUUUUCACGAAACGUUUGUUCGCCACCACAGCAACCCAUCUAAAUACACUAUAUUUGUUGUAUUUUUAUGAUUGAUGAUAAAAACCAUAAAUAUUUGCGUAUUUUUAUCAUCAAUCACAAAAAUACAAUAAAUAUAUAGUGUAUCUAUUUAUACUAUGUACUUAUAUUAGUCGUUUUCUCCUUUCAAGUGCAACUAAUGUUUUCAAUUUUUCGAUUGGGACUACUCUACAAUGAAUUACUCGUGGAUACUGUAAUCUAAAUACAUAGGAAGACGAAGAAGGGGCAUUUAUCGGCCAGAAAAGCGGCGAGCCAUUUCAAUGGCGCAAUAUCGAAUAUAAAAUACACUGCACUGUUUCAAAACUUGAUGAAACCUUCUUUGAAACUAAUCUUGUUCAGCCAUUUAUUAUUAUGCAAUAGUACAAGAACUGCAUGAUAUUUGCCAGAUUCGGCCAUAAAAAGCAAACAAGACGGCAAAAUAUGGCUGAAAUCGUGUUUUUGUGGGGGGUAAGUGAGAUAAAGUGUAUUAUAUUUGAAAACAAUGACAAUCCUUAUGACAACAACAAUAAUUAUAUUAAAUUAAGCAUAGUGUUUCACCCCAUAUUUUUUAGGAAAUAAGAAAAUCUAAUUUCUGCCAGGCAUAUUAGUUAUUAAAUGCAUAAUUAGCAAUUUAUCUGGGGUGGUGCAUGGUCAUUUUCUUGUAAAACACUAUACUUAGACAAAUUUUUCCUUCCGAUGACCACUCCUAAAACCAACCCUUCUAACCAUUAUAAGCACUUUAGAAAGGCUAUAGCUUUUCUUUUUUGGAAGUUAGAGCUAUGUCGACACUGCCGUAUCAGGGCGGGGUAUUUGCAGGACUUUCGUCCCGGAUUCAGGUUUUGGCACAUAUGCCAUGUUGACAGCCAUGGUCAUUCUACCAUUAAACAGUUGAGAUUACCUGUGCUAAAUGAAACGCAUACAAACUCAUAUGCAGGUCCGAGACUAGUACUUAAAGUGCCCCUGGCAGCAAAAAUUUUUAUUGGCGAUAUUAAAUCUAGGUAUGAUUUCUAGCGUAUCCGUGAAAAAAUUUUUCAAUUUGGUCAAAUCGUUCCAUUUUUAUGGCGGUUUAAAGUUGGCAAAAAUGCCCUUUAUGAUGGAUCUUGUCCGUCAUCAGAAGAGCCUGGAACGAGCUAUUUUUGUGACGUCACCCAAGGUACUCGUCAAAAUAAGGCUUUCGUUCCAUAUGCAAAUCUAUAAUAAUAGUGUUGGCCAUAUACAUACAGUGCGCUCAUUUUCGGAAAGUAAAAAAGAUGGUUAAUAGCUGUGUAGCUGCCAAUUGCACGAAUAAAUCGUGUCUAAGUUCGGGUAUAAGUCUCCAUACGAUACCUUACUACAACGACGAUCGACCUGAAGCUAAGAGAAGAAGAAAAAUAUGGGUUGACUUCAUAAAGGCAAAACGUGUCUUCGUGUCUUCGAAAGCUUCGACUCUUUGUUCAGCGCACUUUAAGCCUGAAGAUUACGAGCGAAGAUUCUCAAUUUUACCUGGGCAAACGAAACCAAACUACCCCAAAUUAAGAAGCGACGAACUUGGUAUUUGUGUGUAUCCAAGUAUACAUGCUGAGGCGAGGGAAACAUCUGGAGAACCAGUCGUGCAAAGUCCUAGAGAUAGACGGAUGGUGAGUCUGUUUAUAACAAGCUUUUGUUUUGAAUGUUGAGAAAAGAUCCAUGCAUUUUACCGAACUGUUUCAAUUAUUAAUAACAUUUCAUAGCCUGAUAUUGUAGUUGCUGUACUUUUUACUAAUUUCUAAAUCUUUUCAUAAAAGUUGAUAAAAGCUAAUUUGCAAGGUGAAAGAAGCACGUGUGAUGUUAAUGAAAAAUCAUUGUCUUGUAUUUUUUAAAAAGGGUCAUUGUAGGUUUUAUUUUCUCACUGAAACGACUUGCCGACUUCUAAACAUCUUACUAGAUACUGAUACUCAAAGCAAGAAAAGAAAACGCCAACUGGAAAAGCUUGAUGAGAGUCAACUCGAGGAAAGUCACAUUGAUGAGCCAGCAAAUGUAAAGUUUCCUACAUAAAGUUUUACAUCUAUAAUAUAAUACUUGCACUCCAGCUGAAUCUCCCUUUAUGAUAUUCAUGCUACAAAAUCAUUGUUUUUUUAUUAUUUUCUUAGUUUGUCAUUGCCAAUACAGAAAUGGAAUCUCUUCGAGAAACCAAUAGAAGGCUAAAAAACAAAAUUAUUUCCUUGAAAACAUCUGCAAAAGGAAAUAAAUCCAAAAUGAAGCUAAUGAGACGCAGGGGUAAGACUCAUAAUUUCUGCAAUUUAUUGUUAACCGCAGGGACGUCGCGAAGCCAUCAACAUGGGGGGGGGGGUGUUCCUAGGAUUUUGACCAAGUCGUACAAAUUUUGCCCAAAAAUGUUGUCCGGGGGGGGUCAAAAAAAAUUUUCCGCGCUAACAUAAGCGUAUUCAAAACUUUUCAACUAAGAUAAGCAAGGCUUCCAAUUUUUUCACUGCAAACCAAGAGCUUUAAUAUUGUUAAGAUUGCAAACCAUUUCAUAACUUUGGGCAUCUUUUAUCCUGAACUUUGACCUAAUUUUUCCAAGUUUUACCUUAAAUUUUAAGCAAAUAUCAGUUCCGUUUCGACCAACUUUGGGCAAAUAUCAGUUCCAUUUUGACCAACUUUGACCAACGUUUGAAUUAUUGGGGGGGGGUGUUACCCCCCCACACACACACCUAUAGCGACAUCCCUGGUUAAGCGUGUUACAUAAAGAAGCAAUGCUUUAUUUUUAUGCAUAUAUUAUUUAGUACUCCAGCUUGAACAACGCUUAGAGGAACAGUCGGUGGAGAAGAGUGCUGAAGAAUCUGAAAUGGAAGGUGGCAAUAUUGAGAGUGAGGAUGAAGCAUCAGAGGAGGAAAACGAGUUCUAUGAACAUGAUCCUGCCUAUGAGGUAGAUGAUGUCGACAUGGAAGAAGAUGAUGAAGAUUUCAUAGAAGAAGAUAUAGGGUGAGUAAUUUAAUAACUUGGCACCGCCUUUUGCAAUAACAAGCAUCACAACUACCUAUUGUGUAUUAUUAUAAUGUUGCACUUUUGCUUGUUUCAGGUUGUUGCAACACAAUGGAAAUCUACGGUCAGAACCAAAGCACAUUGUGUUUCUGUCACAGCUUCUGCUACUUUUCAACUUUUGCCAUUCAUGCAAAGCUGAUAAUCCAUUGGUGGAAGCAAAAGCUGUUGGAACUGCAGCAGUUGUAACCUCAACAUGCCACAACCCAAAUUGCCCACAGAAAACCACAACAUGGUAUAGCCAGCCACUAACACCUGGGCGUACAAAAGCACGUGCUGGAAACUUUCUUUUAUGUAUGGCAGUCUUGCUUGGUGGUGGCUCUUUUACUAAAAUACGCCAAAUAUUUGCACAUAUGGGUCUUGGAUGUGUCUCCCAUACAACAUACUUCCGUUAUCAGAAGGUAAGAAAGAGCAUUUUCUUAUAAACGAACUACGAAGUAUUGUUUGCAGUGCUUCUAAACUUAUGUAUAUCUAAAGGAAAUGAAACUUAAUUCUCCUUAAAAUAAGCAUGCAUUGGGCCAUUCCAUUUAAUAUAGGCACCCCCCCCCUAUUGAGGGGUCCCUUCAUAAUCCACUUAGGGUAUAAAAAUUUUAGAACCCCCUUGGAUGUGAUUUUUGGAAGUUACCCCAUGGAUAUCUAACACAAUAUCAUUUUUAGUAAUUUACCCCCUUGGAUAUCACUAAAACACCUAAUUUUUGCUAUUUUUGGACAAUUUCCUAAGCUACCCUCUAGGAAAAUUUAAGAUAAAAACACCCUCCCCCCAUAGGAUUUCCAGACCCCUCAAUAGGGGGGGGGGAUGGUGCCUACAUUAAAUGGAAUGGCCCAUUGGUUGAUACAAUAUAUUUGAACUAUAUAAUUAAUAAAUUAUGUUGUACUAUAGACUGUGCUAUUCCCCACCAUCUUCCUUCACUGGAAGAAGUACCAGUCAUUGUUGUUGGAGAAAGCCAAGAAACUAAGAAAUGGUGUUGUUCUGGCAGGGGAUGGUCGGCAUGACAGCAUGGGUCAUUCUGCCAAGUUUUGUGCAUAUACAAUUUUUUGUUGUACUCUUGCACAAAUUAUUCAUUUUAAUCUUGUGCAGGUAGGAAUACUGUAAAUAAUACUAUAGCUUCACUUACUAGUUACUAGCUCUUGAUUAUUCAAUGACACUAACAACUGUUAUUGCAACAUUGUUUUUCUUCCUUUUAGAGAAAUCAGGCAGGAAGUAGUCCAGCAAUGGAGUUUAUGUCUUUUAAGUUAUCCAUGGACUACCUUAUCAACUAUGGCCUCACCAUUACUACCUUCAUAUCAGACAGGCAUACUUCAAUUGCAAAGUAUAUGCGGACAGUUUUGAAACAAAUUAUCCACUAUUUCGAUGUGUGGCACUUGAAGAAAAGUGAGAAUAUUUCCAAUUUUUUAAAUAAUAUAAUUCAUGCUAAUGUCCAGACUGCUUAGGAGUUAGGAUGAGAACCCACUGAGCUAUAAACAUCACUGAAUUACUGAUGAGUUAGUUUAUGAUAAUUAAAUUAAGCCUUCGGGCCCUUCACUAUUUUCCUUCAAUUCUUGUUGACAUUGUUUUCUGUUUGAAAAUUUUAUUGCUUGCAGAAAUAAGAAAGGUGCUUUUCAAAAUUGCGAAAGAGAAAGACUGUGAGGCACUGAAUGAGUGGAUAAAGCCAUGUGAAAACCACCUGCACUGGAGUGCUUCUUCAACUUAUGAUGGCAAUGGUUUGGUAAUCUGGGCAAAAUUCAAAUCCUUUCUACAGCACAUUGUCAACAUCCAUUCAGGGCACAGUGAUCCACUGUUUGACAAGUGUGCUCAUGGAAGCAACAUUCCUGCUAGAAAGUGGUUGACCAUUGGUAUGUAAAACAUUUGGCCUUAAAUGUUUAUGAUGGCAUAUAGUUUACAGUAUGAAUUUUACAACUACCCAGUUUCUUGUUGCAGCAUGUUCGGCUCAUCAGAAUAUAUUCACAAUAUGGUGCAUACAUGAACAGGAAAAUGUUUUAUUUAUAUUCCUUUCCUAUAGAUUCACCCCUCCAUAACAAAGUGUGUGCUGCACUUACAAACAAAAGGCUUAUGAAUGGCAUCAAGAAAGCUUCUCCAUUAGCACAAACCAGCUGUCUAGAGGGCUUUCAUAGUGUUCUCAAUCACUUUGCACCCAAGAUGAUUGCGUACUCUUAUGUUGGACAAUACUGCAGGUUAGAAUCUCUUCUAAUUUAAAUGUUUAUUACUUUGAUUGGUGAAGAACAGUCUAUUAGCACAUUAUGAGAGCAAUUGGAGUUAAUAUAUAUAUAUAUAUUACAUAAUUAGGCAUAUUCUAGCUGUAAUACACUUUAACAGCAACCUGCAGAGAGAGAAAAAAACCAAUCCCGAUAAAUCUGAAAGAAUAAAGGUCAGCUACCCCAAAUUCAAGAAUGGAGAGGCCACAAUUCGAAGUGUUAGGGUUGCUCAGAACUUUGGUAAGUUUCUGUUUAUCUGCAAAUGGUAAUAGUCGGCCGGCCAAGGUAGCAAAAAGUGCCUUCAAAGAGAGUUGAUGGCAACUUUAUGUUAGAAGUUGGUAACAGGCAUUUUCUUAUAGUUUAAGCCUUGGUGAACAAGACUAUAUGUGUUACCACUUCUGAUUUUUGCUUUAUAGCCGAAAAUUUGAGAAUUUUUAAAUUUUGCCUAUUAGAUUACUAUGAUGGCAAAAAAUUUAAAAUCUCAUGUUCUCUCAUACCAAGGCUUAAACUAUAAGAAAAUACCUGUUACCAACUUCUAACAUAAAGUUGCCAUCAAGUUGUACAAAAUCACGUCAUGGCCAGCCGUCUAUAAUGCUGUCUUAUAUUUAACUAUUUACAAUAUACUUUGUUAACUUUUUUUAUAGAUUAUGUACAAGAAAUAUACGAGACUUUCUUGUCAGCGACUGAAAAGGACCUGAAAAGCAAGGAAGCUGAACUGAAGCAAAUGUGCCCCCCUGCUAUGAACACAAUGCUAAAUAAGCAAACAAAGGAGGAGGCAGUGAGGAAAAGAAAUGACAGGAGAGAAAUGACCAUUGAAGAUGUUCCACCCAGUAUUCCUGGUUUGUAAUACUUUGUAAAAUCUGUUGUUUUUUCAUGUUUGGUUAAAUCACUCCCAUUUUUGUUUUUUACUCCAUGACAGAGACAAAUUUAUUUGUCAGAAAUUAGACUAAAAAGUUUGUUAUAUCAACUUUGUAUAGUAUUGCAACAUCUGGAACAACUUAGGCGACAAAAGGAGGCAAAGAAAAAUAAUGAAGGUCCAAAACGCCAUUGUCGAACAUGUGGACAUCCAAUGAAGGGGCAUACUAAAGAUAUAGAUUGUCCAAAAAACAGAACUUAG